UUUUUCUCGAAGGCAUUCGAUCGUAGAAAUUUUCCAACUCAUGCCGUGCCACGAACUGCAUCUAACUCCAAACCUCGAUCGUCUGCACGGUCUCCAUUCUCUAACUGCCUCAGAUUCUCGCGCCUACCAAUAUACAAACCAAUCACCUGCCGGACCUUUCCUUGUCGAAGACCUCAAUUGCGUUAGGAAUGAGGCAGAAACCCAAACUGCAAAAUUAGCAGUAGUCAGUAAGAGGUCAUUUGAGUGAAUCACUGCAGAAAACGUCACCAGCAGAAUAUCGACUGAUGACUGUCAAUCAUAUAAGAGAGCCUGCUUUCUGCUUCCUCCUGCCUUCUUUCAUACUCUUCUUCACAAGGAUUACCAGAAUCAAGCGAGAUUCAUCUACACAUCCUCCAUCAUGAAACCCUCUCUUAUCACUGCCUUUCUGGCCUUCGCGAUCAGUACCCUCGCUAUCGCUAUACCAUCACCAACAUCUGCUAUCAGCACUGCCUCACCAUCUUCUAUCCUUCGCUCUGCACACUCGAAACAAACCGACGACAACGAUAAACCCGGUAAAUCCGCCCACGAAUGUGACGAGAUCCUCGACGAGUGCAAGAAAGGCGCCAGGACCGAACGUUUCUGCCAAGAGUACACAUGCUACAAGACCAAAGGAGCCUGUUACAGUGGACAUUGCGAUACUUAUCCUUUGGCUAGAGGUUUGAGGCAUAAUGAGCAGGGUAUCAACGACCUCACUAUCGCUGCACCCACUCCGACUACUUUCGCGACUGAGACUUCUUCAGCUUCCAAGGCUGGGGAUUCAGAUGUUGAUGAGGGUUACGCACCAAGACCAGAGGACCUGGAUGACGAUUGCAUGAGAACGAACGAUUUUUUGAAACAGUUCAAGUGGAACGAUGAGGAUUCGUUGAAGCAGUCCGAGUGGAACGAUGACACACCAAGACCAGAGGACCUGGACGACGAUUGCAGGAGAACGAACGAUUUGCUAAAACAAUUCAAGUGGAUCGACUUGGAGAAGAAGGACAGGAAUUAGAAGGAGACAAGCACGGCUAUGAAUUUGGGUUGACCAUGGAUAGGGGGACGGUAGUUCCUAUCUAGUUCCAAAAAAAAAUCGAUGCAGAGAAAACAUAUGUAGCACAGUUUCAACACACUCUACACUCAAAUAG